UAUAUAUAAUUUUAUAUAUAAUUUAAUAUCAAUAUGUGGUCAACAAAUUUAAAUACCAGUAUAAAUUCUGAUGGUGGAUUUCUGAAUAAUACUCGGAAAGAUGGACAAGGUGGAAAUAUACAAAGAGUACAAACUCUUAUUCCAGUUACAAUAAAAUUGUUACAUUCUAUUUCUCCUAUCGAAGACCCAACAUUUUGGGGCAUUAAAGCACGUAUAUUUACGUUUGUUGGAUUAAUACGUAAUGUUGAAGAAACGGCAACAAAAAUAUCAUAUGAUAUUGAAGAUGAUACAGGUACUAUAACUGCACUCAAGUGGUUAGAGGCAAAUAAACAAGAAACAGAUCGUGUAGCAGAAGUAAAUACAUAUGUUCGUAUAGUUGGUAUGCUUAGAGAACAAAAUGAUAAACGUCAUAUUUUAAUUUUACGAUUAUUGCCAUUACAAAACUUAAAUGAAUUAACAAAUCAUAUUCUUGAAGUUAUUCAUGCUUCAUUGAAAGCUGAAGCAAAGCUUAAUAAAAACAGGAAAUUAAAAAAGAAUACUACAACAAAUGAAGUAUCAAAUGAAGAUGAUCUUCAUUAUGGAAUGUCAUCACAACAAAGUUUAGUUUAUAAAAUUAUUUAUGCACAAAAUGAUACUGAAUGUGGUAUUGAAAGAUCUGAGAUUAAGAAAAAAGUUCCAAAAUCAAUUUUAUCAGAUGUAGAUAAUAUCAUAGAAUUUUUAGUUUCUGAAGGUCAUAUAUAUACAACAAGUACAGAUGAUCAUUUUAAAACAACUUAAAUUAUAUAAAAUACUAUAAAAUGUAGUUUUAAUUAAAUUAAAUCUUAUAAAAUUUAAGAAUUAAGAUUA